AUGCUCGCUGAAGCCCAAAAGUGUGUCAACUGCUUUGUCUUCAUUUCCCUUCCCCGCCCCCCGUCUUCUUUCACAAAGCAAAUCCCUAAUUUCUUUCUCUUCCACCUUCUUCUCCAUCUCUAUUCCACAAAUUUCCGACCUUUCCACAACAUCCCGCUAUUGGAAUUGAUUUGGGAACGACGUACUCGUGCGUCGGCGUGUGGCAGCACGACCGUGUCGAGAUCAUCGCCAAUGACCAGGGCAACAGGACCACGCCGUCCUAUGUCGGGUUCACGGACACCGAGAGGCUCAUCGGUGAUGCGGCGAAGAACCAGGUUAUGGAUUUCUGCCUUGAGCUUGAUUAACUUGGUGCUGCUUGUUGGAGCUACGUUUUCCUGGUUAUUGAUAUCCCGAUCUGUUGAUGCAGAUCAAAUGUCCAACGAUGUCGAAAACCCUGAUAAAGAAAACACAUCACCCGGGCCCCUCUCCUCUUGUUGUGAUGCCUUGAUCAAACAGGCCUCAGUUUACGGAAUAGCCGCGGGCUAUUGCAUCUCGGCCUCAUUACUAUCGAUCAUCAACAAAUGGGCUGUGAUGAAAUUCCCAUACCCUGGAGCCCUAACUGCACUGCAAUACUUGACUAGUUUCCUGGGGGUCGUCAUUUGCGGCUGGCUCAAGUUAAUCGAGCACGACAAGCUCGACCUUCUAACGAUGUGGCGCUUCUUGCCAGCCGCUUUCAUUUUCUAUCUGUCGUUAUUCACUAACAGCGAGCUUCUCCUUCACGCAAAUGUCGACACCUUCAUUGUUUUCCGUUCGGCCGUGCCCAUUUUUGUCGCCAUUGGCGAAACCCUUUACUUGCAGCAGCCUUGGCCAGCUCUCAAGACUUGGCUCUCGCUCGCCACUAUAUUUGCCGGUAGUGUGCUUUACGUGAUAACCGAUUACCAGUUCACGCCCGCGGCCUAUAGCUGGGCUCUCGCGUAUUUGGUGAGCAUGUCCGUAGAUUUUGUUUACAUCAAGCAUGUCGUGAUGACAAUCGGGUUGAACACGUGGGGGCUCGUGUUGUAUAACAAUCUCGAGGCUCUACUGUUAUUUCCUUUGGAGUUGCUUGUGAUGGGGGAAUUGAAGAAAAUCGAGCGUGAUGACGGGCCUUACUCGUUUGGGGUGGUUUUGCCAGUUGGGUUGUCGUGUUUGUUUGGGCUGGCGAUCUCGUUUUUCGGGUUUUCGUGCCGUAGGGCGAUCUCGGCCACGGGGUUCACAGUUCUUGGGAUAGUGAAUAAGCUUUUGACGGUGGUGAUAAAUUUGGUUAUUUGGGACAAGCACUCGACGGUUGUGGGGACUGUGGGGCUCCUCAUCUGCAUGGCAGGUGGAGUUAUGUAUCAGCAGUCAACUAGCGGUAAGCCGAAAGCCAUUAGUGAAGUUGUUAAGGUCGGGGAGAGUAGUGAUGAGGAAAAGCAGAAGCUCAUCGAAUUGCAAACUGUAGGUGCCCAAAAGGGCGAUGAAGAUGAAGAAACCCAAGGAAAAUCAUAAUAGAUGUAUCCUUUCAUUUAUUUUUAUUUUUUAUUUUUAUUUAUUUCUCUUUUCGUUUUAUUACCAAACUUUAUUGGACACUUUAUACCGAGGGUUGGAGUCUUGGAGAGUGUAAUGUUCUUCCUCAGUAGUUAAAUAUUUUUUUUUUAUUUAUGUUUUCUUUUAACCUUGAGAAAUAUGAGAUGAGAGUUUUUCUCAAAAUUGAACUGGCCGUCGAACUAGUCAAACUACUUGUUCAAUGAACAAACUACUUGUUCAAUGGUUCAUUGAUCGGACCAAUGGUUGAUCAAGUUUGCUC